CUACUGCCCCCCACCACUAUCCAUCCUCCUCAUAUUGUCUCACGCGCCCUCUUCUUCCCAUUCAUCCAUCAACAUCAUCAUCAAGGUCCUCUGCUUAGUGCAUGCCUUAAGGUAUUGCCUCUCGACACUCCCGACAUUUCCGACACACCGCCCACCAUCCACCCAGACCUCUAGACAAUGGCGGCCUCAUCCUCGUCGUGGCCGACCCUCGAGGCAUUCACUGUCGACCUCACCCAACGCCUUCGCAAAAGCGGCACCGACAGCCUCAUCCAAUUCGAGGCGAGCCUCAACCGCGACUGCUACGAGUGGCUCGAUGACUAUCUGGACAACAUCGAGGCGCAGGGCCGGCGCGCCCCCAUCGCAGAGCUUAUGAAGACACCCUCUCGCACUGCAACCGCCAAGAAGACCCGCGCUACCGCAACAGCCAACAAGGCUCGGGCCGAGCAGCUCCGCCAGUUCAACCUCGCUCUCUCCCCACUCACCAAGACGCCUGCCGGUCGCAUCCCCUUGUCUCCGCUGAGAGCACAGAAUGCCAACUCCGGGCCUCUGUCGCCCACCCGCUCACCACUCAAGGGCCGGGCGCUAGUUCUCUCUCCUAUGCAGGAGGAGGUUGCCAAACCAGCCCCAAAGAAGCGUGGCAGGCCCAAGAAGAACGCCAACGCCGACAAGGAGAAUGCUGUGCCUGUCGAGGCCACAUCGAAGAGCACCCGCAGCGCCUCUUCCAAGUCCACGCCGGCGUCCACCGCACCCAAGACAACUAAGACCAGGAAGGGGAAGGCAAAGAAGGAGGGAAAGGUGGUCGAGGCUGAGCCCGAGGCAGCGGCCUCGCCGAUGCCUGUAGUUGCGCCAGAACCGGAGCCCGUCGGUGACGCUGAACCCGAACCGAUUCCCGUUGUUGAGGAACCGCCAACGCUGGCGGCUGCUUUGGCCGCAUCUGAGGAAGAACAGGAUCAGGAUGCCAUGGUCAUUGACUCCUUUGAGACCAUCCCCUUGGAGCCCGCCGACAACGUAACUGAGGCUCUGACCGAUGCCAUGGAGGUCGACGAACCCACCGCCCCGGCUUCCCCGGAGCUCGCCGUCAUUCACCGCAAAUCGCCCACUCCCGAAAUUGCCAGAUCACCCUCUCCUAUGAAGCAGGCAUCACCAAUCAAGGAGGCAUCACCAGUCAAGGAGGCAUCACCAGUCAAAGAGGCGAGCCCUGCUCCUCCACCGGUGCCCACGCGGCAGGUUCGCUCGUCAUGGCUCAGCCAAGCACUCGGAACCAACACCGUUCCCCUUGGCCACAGACUUAGCUCUCAGUUUGACCCUCUGCGCAAGAGCCAGAUGGCAUCGAGCCAAAGCAAGCGCAAGUCUGACGCCGACGAAGAGGACGCCGCGCCCUCGAGACCUGAGAAGAUUGCACGCUUCGACGCCACCACAGCGACCGACGCUGCCUCUGGUCUGCCUGUAUCGCCCAAGCACAUGGGCUCGUCCCGCCCUCCAGCUUCGGCCAAGUCGCUGCCUCAAGCGCAGGUCAGCACUCCGGCCAGCGCUGCCGCUCGUCUCACAUCGACGUCUGUUCCCCAGGCGCAACCACGUAUGUCGAAGCUUCAGGAGAUGAAGGAGCGCACUGCCGCGGCUGCCGCUGCUCGGCAAAUGGAGAAGACUGCUGCGGCUGCAACGACCGAUCAGGCAACAGCCGCGAACGGCGGCUUCCUGCGUAACCUGGGUGGUUUCCUCAACCGUUCUGGAGGCGCUGCAGAGAAUGACGGCGAUCGCGAGGCGCAGGUCUUGGCUGAACGCGAACUUUCCCGCGUCUUGCAGGAGCUUGCCGAGCAGGAUAUGAAGGCGGAGGAAGAGAGACUCGCCGUCGAGAAGGCAGCAGCCAAGGCUGUCGAGAUGGAGGACGCGUUCGAGACAGAAGACUUUGGCAACCAGGCCAUCAUCAUUGACGACGGGUCGGCUGACGAGUACGAAGUCAACGACUCAAUCAACCUUCCCUCGCUGCCCGGCGACAACUCGUACAUGGACGACGACGAUGACGAGCCGAUGCAAGAGACAGCUCUCUCAGCUCUCGCCGCUGCGGGGAUCAAGAUUCCGUCGACGACGCCGGCCCGGACACCCCCACGUCCUCAGCCAUCUCGGAUUGCGCGUGCGAUCAACUCACCCACGCCUGCUGCCCGGCCGCGUGGAAAGACUCCCACCAUCCUCGUUUCGCCUCCUCCCAAGCCCAAGGCCACAAAACCUAUGUGGGCCACCAGCCACGCUCCGAGCGGAACCUCCAGCCCCGCGAAGCGCGCUACCACUCCUUCCCACCACAUGGACGACGAAGCAGAUGACGAGGACGACGAUCGAGGCAAGAGUCGCUCGGGAGCGUCGUCUCGAAACGGGGCAAACUCUUCUAUGUCGUCGAGCAUGAGCACCCUCAACCAGGCCGAGCGCAUGGCGGGCAAGGUCCUUGGUGUCAAGUCCACGCCCGGUCGCGUAAAAAGCGUGGCUGCGGCUGAAGCCGCCGCUAAGAAGGAGCGCGAGGAGAGAGAGCGCCGUGCCAAGAUUCGCGAGCAGCUCGAGCGUAAGAAGGCCGAGGACAAAAAGCGCCGCGAGGAGGAGGAGCGCAUCAGGGAGGAGGAAGAACGUGCCAAGCGUCGCGCCGACGAAGAGGAGCGUCGUCGCAAGCUCGCGCAGAACGACAAGAUCCGCCGCAUGAAACUCGAGAAGGCAGAGCAGCUGAAGAAGCAGCGCGAGGCCGAGGAACAGAUGGCAGCCGAGGAGGAGGCUGCAGCACUGGCCGCCAAGCGCAAGGCUGCUGCUCAGGCAUCAUCGAUGAGCCGAAGCCACAGCUCGAGCAACCUUACCAAGGCAACGGCCAGCUCGCUCAACAAGGCGGCAGGGAUCAAGACACCUGGGGGCAUGAAGCGCCUUGCUCCGACGCCGAGCAAGGGAACCCAACCCCUCAACCCCUCAAAGACCACAGCCGCCAAGCCCAUCGCGAGCGCCUCGAGUGGGUUCCGUAUGGAGGCCGAGUCUUCUUCUUCCACGAUGAAGGCCGUGCAGCGGCCCACGCUUGGCCCACCCUCGCGCACCUCCGGAAUGGGAUCUUCCGCGGCCCCUUCGCACCCAUCGACAGUGCGCACGCACGCCGCGACCGCGCUCCAGCAGCAGCGGGCGACCCUCCAGGCGCAGCUCGACCAGAAGGCGCUCGAUGAGGAGUCGGAGAACAUUGUGCUGCCCGACAUCAACUCUGAGUACUCUGACUCGGACGACAGCGACCGUGAGACGGACUUCAAGCGGCCGGCGUGGGCCGAGUCGCCAGAGCUUAAGCAGGCGCUGGAGAACCAGGCGAGCGUCAACCCCGACGAGCUGUUCGGCCCAAUCCGCCCACUCAGCAUGGAGGAGCUGUUCAACGCACGUGUCGGCAAGUUCCGCGCGCGCACGUCGUCGGCCAACUGGAGCGGCGCGGACCGCCUGACCGAGGCCGAGGAGCGCGAGUACGCCCGCCGCAUGGGCUUCAAGCCGAUCAACGCGCCGCGCGACGGCGGCCAGUAGAUAAACGAUGUUGAGAAACCUGUACUGCUC